UGUCCAUCUGUAGCUGUGCUGUGUGAUUGCCAGUAAGAACGCAUGGCCGCGCGCACACACACGGUGGGGCAAUUUCGAAUAGGUACAAACACCAGAAGGUUGUUACGCGCUUGUUGAAUAAUGAAGCAAAUCUCCAGGCUCGGUAGCAUGACGUGAAAGACUCCGUUGUGGUCAGCGGAGAAGCAGCCCGAGCCUCAUCUCUGGGCUUCUCACUUGAGAAUCCGUUUGAACGCAUUCAACCUGUUGUGGAUGCAAAGAUAUUUUACGGAUGAGUCGUAGACGCAACCUGAACAACUCACGCGUUUAUGGACUGUUUGGCUUCCGUUUGUGGAAUACGGAUGACUCGGUUCAGCAUCGAGUCCGAGACAGUUAAGCCUAUUAGGUGAAUGCUGUAAGCCCUGUAAGGCGUUCCGAAUGAUUACAGCUUGACGUGAAAUGUUUGAAGUUGGAAGUGGGGAUCCUCAUUUGCAAAACAAUUUACUUGAACCGAAAUGACUCGGAAAUAUUGAACAGGUCCAGUACAGAACAUAAUUGGCUUUAUUUGUUUUAAUUUACAUUUUCAAAUGACUUCUUCAACGACCUUCCUAGAAAAUAAUCUCCGGCGUGGCACUCCUUUUAUCAAAACAGAGGUCAUGACACGAUGACCAACGGGUGCGACGUUGGAGGAGAAGCCCUCCGAUGCCACCUGUUGGUCACAAACUGAACAGAAUCAUACCAAUAUUAGCUCGACAAUUGAGCCGGUAGCAAUAUGCGGCGACUACGUUUGCAUUCGUGAUGGCGUCACAGGACGCGAUAACGACGCCGACCACCACGCACAAAACAGCAUUGAUCAUGACAUGCGGUUGACACAACGAGCGACAUCAAACCGCCUCUCACGUUUGGAAAAACAGUACUUUUCUCCCGCUCAACACACAACUGUCAUCAGUCUUCUUCAGUGAUGACAACAUGAAAGCCAUUUUAGGGAGAUUCAUUUCAUUUGGCACAAAAGCAUCACUUUUCUCUGUAGCGGCAAACUUGCCAUCUGUACUUUUUUAUUAGCCACCAUAAAAACAAAACAAGAGCAAAAGAGCACGCAUUUCUUUGAAAAGAGAAGACAAAACGGGGACAAACACGAUUACAUUAACUGAUAAGCCGUCUUUGAAAGUGUGUACGGGGCACCGCUUCCUGUGCAAAAUGCACUUGGCUUUAUCUCGGCGGACUGGGAGGCUGCCUUGCAUUGCUUCCAAUUCUGCUGCGUCACUUGCAUCACUUUGGCAGUAGACCGCAAUCAUGUGAUUCCACUCAGCUCGGCUUUCACCUUAUGUGCUCCUUCUUUCGACGCUGCAUACUCCUCUUGUUGAUUCAUUCACAUACAGUAUCCCCCCUCCCCCCAAAAAAAAGCAUUUCCGCAAAAGAACGUCAUACUCACAGUCAAAUGUGACUCUGGUCGUUUGACGGUCUGGUGCUGCUUUGCUCAUUCAGGACCUGGAUGACUUAUUUGCUGUGAUUGAUGGAUUCCCAAAUUCUACUACUCAUCAGGAAGUUGAUGUUUGAAUGGCUUAAAAAACGAAAAGUAGGUUUUGAAAUGGCCCUAGUUAAGGUCCGGACUCGAAUCCGAUUUCAAAAGGCUGUUCAUGCUUGAAAACCCUCCAGUGUUGCUGAAGAAAAGCAAUACUGCAAAGAAGACUGGGCCAAAAUGUCUCCACUGACAUGUGUAAGAUUGAGUGGGGGACAAAUGCCGUUUUAUGUCACGAUUUAUCUAUAAAACAAUUUAUGGAUGUUUUUACUUUUUGUUUGACUUUUCUUGAUUGAUAUGUUUUGCUACAGUAGCAUUUUUAUGACGUGUCACCAGGCCCUAAACUGUCAGCUCUUUAAACCCGUUGGUGUUUCGACUGACAAAAAGCAUUGUCACACAAUUUGGAACCUAAAAUCAAUUCAAUGUUAUCAAUUAGAAUUUCAUCUGAUCCGGUUAUAUUUUUUUUCCCGGUUUCUAACCCGUUUACAUGAUCUGCCUUUUGACCAGUUUGAGUUACCUUUUUGGUCCUUGAGAGAUUAUUUAUUGAGCUUUGGCCCAAAGCUGCAACGCGAUGAUGAGUUCAGGUGCUGGGGUUAUCAAUCACGAAACCAUAUUUACUGCUCAUGAAACUGCUGUACUCUGCUACGGUUUGUAUAAAAAAAUGGCACAGAUCUCAAACACAUUGUUAGUGGAAUGUGCCGUACUGUAGCAGCAGCAGCAUCUGUAGUCUUCGUAAAGCUGUCUCCUGGGAAUAGAAUUACACCCGGCCCGCCUCGUAUAAUGUAAUGGGGUAUCUAUCAAGUGCUAUCAUAAGCCUCGGAUAGAAGCUGUCACUCGUCUAAGUAAUGACUUGAGUGCUCUUGAUUAGACACACACAAAAAAGUGACACUUGUGGAGGGCAGAGGGGUAAAAAAAAAAAAAAACACCCCCUAUAAAGUGAUUUUGGCGCCUAUGUUUCUAUGGAUCUUCCUGGCUAUGGUUUGUGACAACUGAAUUGAAUUUUUAAUGAUGGGGCGGCAUUUCCAUUUCAGUCUUGAUCACCGGGACCCGCUCCACUCUUGAGGACUUGCCUGUCGUCAGGAGAAAAGGGCAGCCACUUCUCUUGGACUCGUCGUACCGUGGAAAACAUUUUCUCCUUCCUUCCCUCAAGUGGGUGCUAUCAGCCAUUGUGCACCAAAACCGUCGCACAUUCCAACAGCUUUCCCCCACUUCCGGUGACAUUUCUUCAGCCACUGUUACAUGUCAUCGCCGGAAUCGGUUGCACUCAUGAAACAACCGAAAAGGACUGCGGGGAAGUACAAAUCCUGUCGCUCUUUUAUUCAUGCAUUAGAAAAUGUAUGAUCAUUAAUAACAUUUAUUCGGAGCAUAUUUUGCAUGUAUUAUGUCCAUAUUUAAACUAGCAUUUUUAUCAUACAUCUACUUAGAAAGUGUGUGGUUAGGAAGCGUGCACCGAAUUGCUGCCAUCCCUGUUCUAGAGUCAUGAUUUAUUUGAUUUGAUUUGCUGCCUCUGCCUUGAAGCUAAAAAGGGAGCAAUAUUUCACCCAGAUCCAAAACUUUACUUUUUUUAAUCAAUAAAAAAACAAUUACUUUGUAACACGGAUGCUUGAACUUUGCGUUCUUUUGUCUCGUGUUGUCAUCAUUUGCCAAAAGUGAGCCAUUAUUCAUCCCGUAUAGCGAAAGGGUCCAAUCAAUGCAGUCAGCACACGUCCACAAAUGAUGUCGCAACGCCCAAUGACGAGGCUCAGACGGGAGCUAAUAUUAGACCCGGUUCUCCUAAUUGAGAAGCGCUUUUUAGCUUAUCUCGCUGCCGUCACGCGUGCCCGUGCGCGUGCGCCGCGGGCUAUAAAUAAUCCAAUAAAGCCAAACACGACGUCACUUCCUCACAGGAGCGUCAGUCUUGGUAGCGGGCAGCUAUUCACCGUCACCGACAACACACUCCACGCUCGGUCGCUGUAGUAACGCGUGGGAAGCGGAGGCAACGAGCUGCGCCUCCCUUCCAAAGAUUAAUUGGAACGCUACUUGCCCACACGCUUCGUUUUGGCAACUGAAGUCAUGCCGGAUGGGUAUUUCUUACCACCUUGACAUUGAUCGGAAUUAAUAGCCACAAAAGGAGCGACGCGCAAAAGCUGGAACUUUAUUUUUUUUUUUUGGGGUGCUCGUCGGAGAAAAAAAAAAAGCAGCCCGAUUCCCCAGUCAAGUUGGUCGGGGGUUAGUUACGUGGCUUUCAGCGUUCGUUCCGCUUGGAAGCAGCUGUUGCUGACGAGGAGGCGGACACCAGAGAAGCGGCUCCUCGCUGGCCACCUGACCCUCCGGAAAACAAGACGGCGGCUAAUGACAACGAGCUACCACAGCGAGGAGGCGAACUUUGCGCGACGCUGUGGUUCGUUCGGCCAGCUCGUGAAGUGCGCUUGAAUCGCCGCAGGCUGCCCUCGGUCGAGGAACACCCGCUGAAGACGUCCCCGUCUCCGCGCUACGUCCUCCUUGCGCCCACCAUGCCGAGCGCCGGUGUAAUCCCGAGACAGGAGCCCGCGACGCCCGCGCUUUAACGUGCACCCGGUGCGGCGUCGCGGCCGGGAUGAGCACCACCGACCUGGAGCGCGUGUCGCUCAGCUCCUCGGCCAACUCGGUGGCCUCGAGUGCUCGAACGCUCUCGGCCAACGUGAAGAAGCUGCACAACGCGCUCAACCUGCUACUGAACGACUUCGAGAGGGAGCAGUUCAUCCACUGCCUCAAUGUGUACCACUCCAAGCGCAACGUCUACGACUUGGUGCAGACCCUUAACGUCAUCCUCAACGCGCCCGGCAAGCGACAGCUUCUCCCCAUGCUGCGGCUUGUCAUCCCCCGGUCUGACCAGCUGCUCUUCGAGCAGUACACCUCGGAGGGCCUCUACCUGAAAUCGGAUUUAGUCGCGAGCAACGGUACCGCCGAACCCCCGCCGGGCCACUACCCCGGCGCCAGCCCGACUCCCCCGGCUCACUACCCCCAGGACAACCCGGCCGAGUUCCAGGUGGCGUUGCGCGGCUCCCCGGAUAGCUUCAGCUCCAGCAGUGACGGGACAGCUCCCCUGGUGCCGCUGCUCGGCAGGAACUUUAUUCACGAGCCGCCGGGCGAGCUGCGGCAGGUCACCAUGAAGCGACACAAGAGCAACGAGGGCCUUGGUUUCAGUAUCCGAGGUGGGUCGGAGCACGGAGUGGGGAUCUACGUCUCCCUGGUGGAACCGGGGAGCCUGGCGGAGAAGGAGGGUCUCCGGAUCGGGGACCAGAUCAUGAAAGUCAACGAUAAAGUCUUUGACAAAGUCACCCACGCUGAAGCAGUGAAGGUGCUGAAGGGCAAUAAAAAGCUGAGCCUCUCCGUACGCUCAGUGGGGAGGAUUCCGGGCGGCUUUGUCACCAACCACGUGUAUACGUGGGUUGACCCGCUGGGCCACAGUGUGUCCCCUCCUCCGGACCUGCCUGAGCAUCACAGCGCCGCCCUCAGAAGAAGUGACAGCCAGCGACGCAGCAACAUGCAGCUCCUGCAGGAGGGAGAUGAGAAGAAGGUCAACUUGGUUUUGGAUGACGGUCGAUCUCUGGGCCUCAUGAUCCGAGGGGGAGCGGAAUACGCCUUGGGUAUUUACAUCACCGGAGUGGACCACGGCUCGGCAGCAGAGUGCGGAGGGCUCAAGGUUGGCGAUCAAAUUCUGGAAGUCAACGGCCGCAGCUUCCUGAACGUGCCUCACGACGAAGCCGUCAGAGUACUGAAAUCGUCGCGGCACCUGAUGAUGACGGUGAAAGAUGUGGGCCGCUUGCCUCACGCCAGGACGGUGGUGGGCGAGACCAAGUGGAUUGCCAGCUCCCAGAUUGCGGAGAGCUCCGCUGACGGCAGUCUGGCAGGUUACUCCGUGGACCAGGGAGCUUCUGCUGCAGGAAAGGCUGGUUUUUACAAGGGGGUGGCCGGAUCGCAGGUGACCUUGUCGAGCCUGGUGAACCAGUCCCGAGCGAUGCUGGAAGAGCAAGCGCGUCACCUUCUGACCGAGUCGGAGCGGCAAACGAUGGGAUACUACUUGGAAGAGUAUCGGGAUGGACACGUCGGCGUGGAGCAGCUCGUCAUGGCGCUUUUUGAACUGCUCAACACGCAUGCAAAGUUCUCUCUACUGUCAGAAGUGCGCGGCCUGGUCGCCCCGCAGGACUUGGAGCGCUUCGACGGACUGGUGCUCCGCCGUGAAAUCCAGGCUCUCAAGGCAAGACAGGGCGCGGCGGGAGCGCCCACGCUCCAGCCGGACUCUCUGUCCGCGGUUUCGUACCCCGACGCUCUGACCUCGUCUUCGGCCAGCGUCGCCACCAACACCACGCUGAGCUCCGCCCGGGAAAGGCUGCUCUGGCUGAUAGAUCUGAUGGAGAACGACGGUGCGCCGGAUACAAAUCGGCAAGAUCCCUUGGACAGCCUGAACACGCUGCUGCUAGCUGACGUCUCUCUGCCGGGGCUGUUGGAGCCCACCUCCACUCUAGUGAGGGUGGCCAAGAGUGCGAGCACUUUGGGCAUCGCGAUUGAAGGAGGAGCCAACACUCGACAGCCAUUGCCACGAAUUGUCACCAUACAGCGAGGCGGUUCGGCUCACAACUGUGGUCAGCUGAAGGUGGGUCAGGUGAUCCUGGAGGUGAAUGGGGUUUCGCUGAGGGGCCGCGAGCACAAGGACGCCGCCCGCCUCAUCGCUGAGGCCUUCAAGACCAAAGAGAAGGACUUUGUGGACUUUCUGGUGACUGAGUUCAAUGUAGCACUAUAGCUGAGCGCCACGGGUGAGAGAGAGAGAGAGAGAGAGAGACGAGCGAGAAUUAAAGGACAAAAGGGGAGGAGGACAUUUUCAGUUUCAAAUGGCACAACACUAGAGCGGUGGACUCAACGCAAAGUCCACCUCAUCUUGUGACGCAACCUCAUUCCUACCACGGAUAUGUUCUCCAUUCUUUCCAACAUGUUACCUCUCCGUUGCGAGACCUUAUGCACUACGGUAGAUCAUAGCAGAGCCUAUAUAACCUCGAUAUUGCUGUCUGGAUAUCGAAACGGACGGAUUGGCCUCCGUUUGAAAUCUACCGGGACUCCUCGCGGUUGUCCAAGUUACAGCGGUCGGUUCAUUUCGUUAGUUUUUGGCGACCGCGCCCGAAAAGACGACUGGGCUUUCCUCGUUUGAAUUUAUAUAUGUACAGAUGAAUUAAUAUAGAUGUAUAUACUCUAUAUACGGUACACACUAUGAGAUCUCGAUGUGAAAUCUAAACCCGUGGACAGUUACAUCAACGCCUACACAUAUAUUUUAAAAAGUAUAUAUUUGUAUAUAUGGAUCGGAGCAGCUCACAUCUGUCGGAUCAGUGUUGUCCAUUGUCUUCAUUUCAGUGUCCAAUGAAUGGUCAUUGUGGCAGGGAGCUCAAAAGAACCCCGACAAGCACAGGGAGAGCAUGCAAACUCCACCGGGCAGCCGGCAGGUUUUCAAUCUCGUUGGGAGGCGAAAGUGCAAAGCGCUGCGUCAUGGUUUUUCCGUUUCGAGAACCAUCUGCUGCUCUCUUUCAGUCCAGCCAGACGAAGAAUCCCUCCCGAUUGCGAGUUCUAAUGUUGUUUUCAGACACCGGUGCCACGAUGCGCAAAUGAAAGGACGUCAUCCAUCAUGCUGACGGCGUAAGCGCAUGACAGGGCAGCGUAUAAUGAAGAUGCAUAAGAACGCCUGGAAGUGGACCCGCUCUUAGUGACGGAUCAAAUCUCAAGGGUGUUUCACUUAGACCACUCGGUGUUCUUCCCGCUGCUCCUUCUACGAGACCGUUUCCAUUUGG